AUGAGCAACAGCAAUCUUGACGGGAGAGAAGGCGCAAAACCCAAAAACAAGAAGAAGCUCCCCCGAAUCAACCGAAAUGACGACUUCUCGGAACAUAUCGAGAGGCAGGUGAAGGCGAACAAAAAAUACAGCGGGAGCUCGCGCAAGAACCAGAUCUCCAUCAACCAUCUCUUGGACUUCCUGCUGUACCGAGAUCUGACCGAAUACCACCAAAACCACCACCGGCCACGCCGCCUAUCAUCAAACAGACCCCGGGUCUCGAAAAAGAAGCUUUUCUUGCACGGAAUGCGCUUCAUCAACGUGAACUACAAGUUUGUUGUGGACCAUCGCAAGUCGUACAGGCCGCAACAGAUUGACCCCAAUGUUCCUGUCGAUACGCAAGACAUCUUGCGCAUCAUCGUGCCGAAGGGCAACGCGUGUCCCAUCUGCCUCUCGGAAGAAUUGGUGGCCCCACGAAUGGUGACCGCUUGUGGUCAUAUUUUGUGUCUCACCUGUCUUCUUUCGUUGUUGGAAAGCGAGGUGCCCACAAAAAUGAAGAAAGAAAGCAAGGCCGUCGUUGAAAAGUACAACGACUGCCCCCUUUGCGGAUCGAUCAUCCGCAAACAAGACGUCAAACCCGUGCAAAUAGACAAUGUCGACGAACGUUUCGAGGUUCCCAAAAUCGGCGACGAGGUCGUUUUGUCUCUCAUGACAAGAUCUGCCGAUAGCGUUGUGCCGGCUCCGAGCUGGCUUGACGCAGGCUCGCUUCGUGAAACAUUUCCGUGGGCAAACCAAGAAGAGCCGGACUUGAGCCAGUACCUGAGGUUUUUCAAAGGCGACUUCAGCUAUUUGUCGCAGAUGUACGAACAGGAAAAAACGGACUUGAGAAAGGCGCUUGAGCUUGACCAAGAACUCUAUGACGACGACGGGACGUUCUACAAGCUCGCUUUCAAGUCCAUUGACAACGACUUGCAGGAGUGGGCCUCGAAAUUCUCGUCCGAUUUCACCGAUCGCAGCUCGAAGGAACCAGCAAAACAAGCGCCGGAUCCACAUCAGCCCACGUUCUACUACUACCAGACGGGCUUCAAGUCCUCCUCCACAUACGUGCUCUCGCCUCUUGACAUGAAGGUGUUGAAGACCAGCUUCAAUCUGGACUAUACGCAGUUGCCGUUCUCGGUGAUUGCCAAAGUAGAGAACAUCAAGUUCGAAGAGCUAGACUCGGAAACCGCUGCAACGAAGUACAAGUAUCUCCUGCAUUUGCCUCUGGGAACAUCAAUCGGCUUUUUGGAGUGCAACUGGCAGAACAACGAAUACAUCUCCAAAGAUCUGUGGGACGCCUUCAAGCCCUCUCUCCAGAAACGCACCAAGUCGUCGUCGAGGAAAUUCAAGAAGGAGGAGCUGGACAGGCGCCGUGCCGUGAACGAAGAAGAAAGAAGGGCCAGGGAGUAUAUAGAGAGGGAGAACAACGGGGGAAAUAGCCGACACGACGCCGGCCAAGGCGCGGAUUCAUGGAUGCCACUGGCUCUGUUUGGCAGUUUGACAAUUACGGACCAUCGAGAGCUUCCUGCUUUGUCAGGCGAGACCGCCGAGACCGAGCCGAACAGCAACAGCGCAGAGGUAUCCGACGGCGAAGCUGGCGGAGGGUCCCCCCAGUUGCAGAAAUCCGUUUGGGGCAUGAAAAUCCCCAAAACCGACUCGAGGCAUGUUGAAGAAGAGGAUGCGUGGGACGCCGAGGAAAUGAUCCGGAAGGCUCGCGAGGAGAUUGCCAGGUACGAGGCGGAAAACCCCAGCGGCAAGAAGAAGAAGAAGAAGAAGUUCAUACUUCUCUCGUCGUGA